CAGAAAUCCAGCAAAAUAAAUUGCAAGUGGGAUAAAGGCAUCAUCUUGCACCACCUGCUCAAAUCAUCCCAAGGACAAUCGCCUAAUACCCGACCUACAAACAACAUGUCAUCCGACCCGUCAGUAACAGAAGGCUCGGCCUUCACCCCCGACAUCCCCUCAGAAGCCGUGGUGAAAGCCACAGACGACAUCUACAUCGAGCUCACCCCGCACGACCUGGACUCCCGGGCCCUCACAACCUUCGUACGGUCCCCCAGCGCCGGCGCAACUGUGCUCUUCAUCGGCACAACGCGCGACUCAUUCAAUAAUCUGCCCGUCUCCAGUCUAGCAUACACAUCCUACACGCCCCUGGCUAAGAAUACCUUGUUCAAUAUCGCAACCACGAUCCUUGACAAGCACAAAUGCGCCAAGAUCGCCAUCAGUCACAAGCUAGGCGAGUGUCCGAUUGGCGAGGAGAGCAUCGUGAUUGCGGUGAGCGCGCCGCACAGGAAGGCGGCGUGGUUGGCGGGCGAGGAGGCGCUGGAGAUGACUAAGGAUACGGCUGAGAUAUGGAAGUUGGAGAGGUUUGAGGGCGGGGAAGGCGUUUGGAGAGCGAAUCGGGACGGGGCUCGGGGGGCCAAAGUGCCGAAAGAAGAAGAAAAGGAGUUGCCGAAGGUGUAGGUCUGGAUCUGGGGUACGUCGCGCUAGAGCCGUACCAUGGGGAUCGUGAAUUAAGGAAGUGGCACAGGGCUAGAGCGGGGUCUGUUGGCCAG